AUGUCUCUUACAGAAUGCCCCGCGCUGAAUGGGCGGUCCGGGGCAAGCAAGCGCUCUCCAAUGGAAACUGACACUAUCAUUAUCGAGCCUCCGCACCCCGACCCUCUUCUCCAUGCGAAACUGAAGAGCAAAUCGGAUCUGCUCGAUGUGGAUGUUGGCGCUCUCACCGAGCAUUUCUGUGCAUCCCGCUUGUCGUACUCGACUCAAGCUCUCCCAGUAAACGUCCUACUCGAUACACUGGUGCGACCGAGCAUUGACGUAGAUGAGGGAGAAGGCGAGACCAGAAUUCAAUGGCGGCACGAUCCUGAAAAGGCUGUCCCACACAUGGUGUUCGGCAAUGCACCAAAGCCUGGAGGACAAUGGACAGACAAUCUGGUCUCUGCCAGCUGGGAUAUCCAAACUUUGAGCUAUGCGUCUAUGCUCUCCUUACCAGGAUAUUCCUUCGCCGAGCACUAUCGCAAGGUUGCCGGCAAGGAUCUUCCCGCAUACACACGCCCAACCAGGCGCGAGAUUACAGAUUAUUUCUGUGCUUAUCCCACAGUUGCGGGUAUAGACGAUGCGUUCCGCAACAAUGAGACGCUGGCUGGCAUCAGAAGGACCCCAAAUGGGUUCUUCAUCGCCUCACACAAUAUUCACUGCAAGCAUCUCGUCUUAGCGAGUGGGAUCUUCUCCGAGGUGCUGCAGCCUCUCCCGAUGCUCCAGCCCUUGAGAUCUCUUGAGCCAACCCCAGAUAUUCCGCUUCUUGUUAUAGGUUCCGGCUUCUCGGCUGCGGAUAUCAUCAUAUCUGCACCAGCUGACCAAAAAGUACUUCACGUUUUCAAAUGGGACCCGGAAGUGCGACCGUCCCCUCUUCGUGGCUGUCAUCAACAUGCGUAUCCUGAAUAUGCCGGUGUGUAUCGAUUGAUGAAACGAGCGACAAUUGCUGCAGAGCCGUCCACAGAAAAGCGCCCAGCGAAACCAAAGCGUUCAACGUCAUCCCCUUUCCUCGAAAGCCGUAACUGGGAUCUAGUCUACGAGGGACUUCCCAAUGCAGAUGUUGUCGCAGUGGACAUGCAGUCUGAAUAUGCACUGGUGACUUUCCAACUAGCGGAUGGAACCACCACAACACGACCUGUUCGUGGGCUGGUAUAUGCAACGGGUCGUCGUGGGAGCCUUGGCUACUUGGAUAAACCUCUUUUAUCGGAAGUUCUUGGAGCCUCCGACGAAGCUGAAGUAACUCCUAUCAUAUCAGGAAAGACAUUGCGCGCUAAGGCUCUUGAAGAUCUGGAGGUUGCUCAAGGUGUCUUCAUCAUUGGUAGUCUGACUGGCGAUUCCCUUAUUCGAUUUGCUUACGGCAGUUGUGUGCAGACAGCAGGUCGGUUGAUCAGAGCAUAUACCGGAAAUGAAAAGACCGAUGUCAGGACGCCAAGCACAUCAAGGCCACAGAGCUCAUCUUUACGGGUGAUGAAUGGCGUGGAAGGUCAUGAAAUCUAUCAGAAUGGUGACCUACAUCACCAGUUCGAGAGGAAGGAGUCAAAGUCUAAAGCAUCCCGAUCUAUUCUGGAUGGCCUAUGGAGCUCCUUCAUGAGCUUUUGGAGAUGA